AUGACUCCACUAAAUACCAAUGUCACCGAGAUAUUCAUGGAGAUCAGGAGGGAUCCCAACUUCAAGUGGCCUACAAGGAUGAGGACUCCUCCGCAAAGACACAACAACCAAAAGUUCUGCGAGUACCACAAGGAUCACGGUCAUUUGACCGAGGAUUGCAUAUCUCUGGGCCAUGAGAUCGAGAACUUCAUCAAAAACAGAAAGUUGGUGAGAGGAAUAGCAGGCAGAGGCAAGUCCAACUUUGUGAGGAAGGCUCACGCAAGUAAAGUGAACGUAGAAGAGGUUUUCCUCCUUAAAAGGCCAUCUAAGGCCCAAAAGAAAGAUUCGAUGAUUCUAUCAUUCUCGGAAGAAGAUGCAAAGGGGGUAUCCAUGCCCCACAAUGACGCAUUGGUAGUAACAAUGAAGGUGGCAAACCAUGCCAUCCACCGGAUUUUGGUGGAUACCGGAAACUCGACUGAUAUCCUGUAUUGGCCAGUUUUCAAACAUAUGAGGAUUGAUUGGGAGAGGAUCAAGCCAUUUGGCUCACUGCUAGUUGGAUUUGCAGGAGAGCAAGUCCAACCCUUGGGGCUCAUCUCUCUUUCUGUUAUAGCAGGAACAGUCUCCAAGCAAUCAACAGUCAUGGUGGAUUUCCUCGUGGUCGACCGACCAUCUGCCUACAACGCAAUAAUCAGUCGACUAACAUUAAACAAGUUGAUGGUUGCAACUUCAACUUACCACCUAAAGAUGAAGUUCUUGACGGACGAAGGAGUGGGGAAAGGCAAAGGAGACCAGGUUGCAGCAAGGAAGUGUUACAACACUUCAUUGAAAAAACCCUCGGGAUCUGCGCCCCUAACAAUAAGUAAUGUGGGCAGCAGAAAAGAGGGUGAGCCAGCUGAGGCUCUAGUAGAUGUCGUUGUAGAGGAAGACAAAGUUGUGAAGAUCGGCUCAUAA